AUGAAAGUGAAGGACAAGCUUUGGGCAGUUCUCGGGUCACUCAGAGACCAUUGCACCAGUAAUAGAGCUGUGAUCUCUAAUCAGAAGAUUCUCUCCGACAUAGAGGCUGCCAUUGUACGGUGCACCGACCACCACGACGUACCCAUCGAUGAGAAGUAUGUACAUGAGAUUCUCUUCAUAGUCUCAAAUGCUCCUGGGUCGAUCACCUUCCUUGCAAGAAGGAUGUCUAUGAAGCUCGAGACUGCGCGAGACCCAGUGGAAGCUCUCAAGACCCUUGUUCUACUCCAUCGUCUCCUUCGCGGGGGUGACCGCUACUUCGAGCAAGAUUUACGCAGCUCAUGGUCUUCCAGAGACCUCCGACUGGAUUUAUCAUGGUGUGCAGGAGCUCCAGACUUCUCUCACACCUUUCUCCUUAACUACUCGUUGUUUCUCGAAGAAAGGUUGGGAUGGAUCAUAAACCAAGCUGGUAUGCUGGAGCCAGUUAGACCAUCACGCUCCAGCUUCCAGUCUUAUGAGGAGGAGGCAGCUGAAUCGGUCUUGCGUAGAUUGAUGAAAUGCCAAGUGUUUCUCGACCGGGUCAUGGCCUGUUUGCCGGUGGACAUUUCAUGCAUAAGCCGUGUGACGCAGUCAGCUGUCUGCAUAAUCUUGAGAGAGAGCUUCCGAGUCUAUGACAGCUUCUGUGAGGGGGUACAGAUUGUGGUGAGCUCCUUCUUUGAUCUUGAGGAAUCCGUAAGAGUCUUAGCUCUUGACAUCCUUAAGAAAGCUUGCAGCCAAACCCCCCAACUUCAUGAAUUCUACGAUAACUGCAAGAGAGCCAUAGUGGGCAAGAACUUGGACUACCCUUCUGUUCGAAUUAUUACGGCCGCGCAGAUUUCAUCAAUGGAAGAGUUCUUGCCCGCCAAGCACAAUAAAACAGUUUCGGUUGCAUUUGAGGAUGCUAAGUUGACGGGAAGGAGCAGAGAAGAAGAGUGCGCAGUGCAAGAAACUAAGUUGCCUCUAUUUUCUCAAAAACUAGAAACAAAGAUAAGCACGGUGUGGGUCGAAUUCGACGAAGAAGACUCGCAAGCUUCUUCUACCUUCUCCUUUGUGGGGCCUGACAACCGGUCAGCAACUGUCGCUGAUGAUUUGCCAACUGAAGGGGAGAGUUCGACAACAGGAAAGCCAUGCAUCUACUAUAAUUAA